GCAGCGCAGUGCCCGAAACACUACUACAUCCAGGCUUACUGCAUCCCAUCAUGCAUCAUGUUGUGGAACUUAAUCAUGAGACUUUUUAGCGAGAGCUCACGGAAACCUUUCCAAUGGAUCUGAUAGUGAGAGAUGGAGGAAAAUACCAAACAGGAGGAAACACAGCACAACGACAGCAGUGACGUCAAAGGUCCACCUAAACAGCGUCUGACCGUCUGUUUGAUCAGCGCCGCGUUCUUCGGAUCAGUAGGAUCGUCCUUCUUGUACGGAUAUAACCUGUCUGUGGUCAACGCUCCGGCCAGAUACAUAAAGACCUUCUACAAUAAGACAUGGAUCAAUCGCUAUGAUGAGCCCAUCGGGGAUAGGACGGUCACCCUGCUCUGGUCGGUCACAGUGUCCAUCUUUGCCAUCGGCGGUCUGCUGGGGGCGCUGACCGUCUCCUUCCUCAUCAAAGUCUUGGGCAGGAAAGGAACUCUUCUGGCCAAUAACGCUCUGGCUCUGAUCGCUGCGCUCCUAUUGGCUCUGGGAGAGACGGCCGGAUCCUUUGAGAUGCUCAUCAUUGGUCGGUUUAUCAUCGGCAUGGAUUCAGGUGUGUCUCUGAGCGUGCUGCCCAUGUAUCUGGGGGAGAUCUCUCCUCAGCAGCUGCGCGGCUCCAUCGGUCAGGUUCACUCCAUCUUCAUCUGUCUGGGCGUCUUCAUCGGGCAGGUGCUCGGACUGCCGGAGAUCUUUGGACAGGAAAGCAGAUGGAACUUCCUGUUCGGUUUCUUGGCACUUCCUGCCCUGCUGCAGCUGUGUGUUCUGCCGUUUCUGCCCGAGAGUCCGAGAUUCCUGCUGAUGGAGCGCCGGGAUGAGGCGGGAGCGGAGAGAGCGUUCCAGGCGUUUCUGGGCCGGUCAGACGUCAGUCGUGAGCUGGAGGAGGUUCACGCUGAGGGUCGUGCUCAGGUCACACAGAGGACGGCGUCGGUGCUGGAGCUCGUCGGGAAGCGUUCGCUCCGCUGGCAGCUGAUCACGGUGAUCGUCGUCAUGAGCUGCUAUCAGCUGUGCGGCCUCAACGCCAUCUGGUAUUACACUAACGGGAUCCUCCAGGAGGCAGGCUUCCAGCCGACACUGAUCCCGUACAUCACGCUCAGCACAGGGGGUAUCGAGACGCUGGCCGCCGUCAUAUCGGGUUUAGUGAUUGAGAAAGUCGGUCGGAGGCCGUUACUGAUCUUUGGUUUUUCAGCGAUGGCUGUUUUCUUCAGUCUCCUCACAGUCUUCCUGCAGUAUCAGGACAGGUUCUCCUGGAUGCCGUAUCUCAGUUUCACCUCCAUUCUGCUUUUGAUCGCAUCCUUCUGCUCCGGUCCAGGUGGCAUCCCGUUCGUGUUGACGGGGGAGCUGUUUGAGCAGUCGUAUCGUCCGGCCGCGUUCAUGAUCGCAGGAACCAUCAACUGGCUCUCAAACUUCGCUGUGGGACUCCUGUUCCCCUUCAUACAGGAGGCACUGCAGACGUUUGCGUUCCUGCUGUUUGUGGUGGUGUGUGUCUCUGGAGCUGUUUUUCUGCUCGUGGUUCUGCCGGAGACCAAAAACAAGACCUUCGUGGAGAUCAGCCAGAGUUUCUGUAAGAUCAACGGCGUCUCGGAUCAGACUCACGAGCGAGAGGUGAAGGACGCGCUGGACACGAACGGACUCAGAUCUGCUGAAGUGGAGAUGGAGAGCUGCUUCUGAACACAGCAGAGCAUUUACAACCUCAGUGUGUUUG